GCAACGAGCAGCGCUGCUUGGCCAUCGCCGGCCGCUCCGCAAAGAGGAUGGCCAUCAACAUCUCGCACAUGCAUGGUACCCAGCGUCGCAACCAGCAGCACCACCAUUACCCAGCAGCCGACGCAUGACCCUGAGCUCGUAGCCGAAUUGCUUAAAGGGCCACCGGAGGACUUCGAUUUUCGCGCCGAGCUGACUCAGGGCUCGCGGGAGUGGGUGGCCGCAAACGCUCCGCACCUGCUGGAUCUAGUGGAUGAUGGCACGCUGCUGGUGGUGCCCCGCCGACACGACUACGUGGAGCGGCGCAGCGACGGCUACACGGAGCCGCGGGUGGUGCUGCUGGUGGGCACUGCACACGUCAGCCGCCGCUCCCAACUGGACGUGGACCGAGUCAUACGGGCCGUGCGGCCAGACAGUGUGGUGGUGGAGCUGUGCAAGAGCCGCUCCGCUGCCCUGGCGGCGCAGCCCCUGGCCCUCGUUGAGCAACAGCAGCAGCAACAGCAGCAGCAACAGCACCAACAGCAAAACGAGGCGGCACGGUCCUCAGGGUCGGGGUCAGACACAGACGACGGCGCAGACCGCAAGGCCAGCGGCCUCGGCACCAGCACCAGCAGCACCAGCAGCAGCGGCACUAGCGGCACCAGCGGCAGCGGCACCAGCACCAGCACCAGCACCAGCGGCACUAGCAGCAGCGGCAACAGCGCCAGCGCGCCGCCAGGGGCCUACAUCAACCCCAUGAACCUGGGAGGAGGGGGCGGCUCUGCAGGGGGCGGCGCGGGGUUUGCAGGUGCUGUGGCUCGCAGCGUGUCGCUUGGCGGCCAGAGCGCACUGCUGCUGCGGGUGCUGCUGGCAGGGCUGGCCAAGCGGACGGCAGGCUCGCUGGGUGUGGCGGGCGGCGGCGAGUUCGCGGCGGCCCAGGCGGCGGCGGAUGCGGUGGGUGCCCAGGUGGUGCUGGGGGACCGGCCAGUGGAAAUCACGCUGAGCCGGGCCUGGGCGGCGCUGGGGCCGCUCACACGGAGGGCGGCGCUGUGUGCGGACCUGCUGAAGGGCGCGGUGGGCUCGCCGCAGCAGGCCCUGAGUGAGGAGCUGGUGGAGCGGCUCAAGAGCGACGACGCCGUCAGCGCUUUCUUCAAGCAGCUGUCCAGCAGCUACCCGGAGCUGGUUGCGCCGCUCAUCACGGAGCGGGACCUGUACCUGGCCUGGAGCCUCAAGCGAAGCAAGGCCGUGUGCGGCACCGGCACGGUGGUGGGCGUGGUGGGCCGCGGCCACCUGCGCGGUGUGGCGCACGCGCUGCUGCGCGACCGCGGCGGCGCGGGCCUGCGCUUCAGUGACCUGGUGGAGGGGCGCAACAGCCGGCGGGUGCGGCGGCGGGCGGCGGCGGAGGGCGCAGCGCGUCUGGCAGCGGAGCUGGCGCUGGGCGCAGGCGCGUACGUGGCUUGGCUUGCGUAUAAUGGCGAGCUGUAGCUGGCUGUAGGCCUGUGGCUGGCUGUGGCUGUAGCUGACUUUAGGCCUGUAGCUGGCUGUAGGCCUGUUGCUGGUGGCUUGGAUGUGGCGGGUGGCUUGGAUGUGGAGGGCGGUGUGCUAGCUAUUAAGAGGAGGUGGAGCGCGCGUGGCUACCGUACCUGACCGUACGCGGUGGGAAUGUGGGAAGGCCCUGUUAGGGGCACGUGCAGGGUGCUCGCGUUUGCAUGGUUUAACAUGUAGCGGCAGGGGAGGGUCAUGCGGCAGGGGAACGGCGGAACCCCUGGCUGGCGGAGUGGCGGUGCGCCCGGGGUGGAGCACAAGUCGCUGCCUUGCAGCGGCAGCCCGCGGGCCCGCUGCCCUGUAAGUCCUGUGCUCG